AUGAUUUCUAAUUAAGAACCUUAACCAAUAAAGGUUGUUGUAAUUGGAGAUAGUAGUGUUGGCAAGACUUCGAUUCUAUUGACGUAAUUAAUUAUGAAAUAUAUAGAUAUACAUAGGAUAGAUUUCCUAUUGAUUAUAUACCUACUGUCUUUGAAAAUUAUUCUAAUGUAAUUUGUGUAGAUAAUACUUAAGUAUAAUUGUCUUUAUGGUAUAAUAAUGAAUUGAAUAUCAAGGGAUACAGCAGGUCAAGAGUCUUAUGAAAGAUUACGUUUAUUGAGUUAUCAAUCAGCUAGUGCAUUUGUUAUUGUGUUUUCUGUUAUUGAUAUGGAUAGUUUCAAUAAUAUUUGGACAAAAUGGAAACCAGAAUUAGAAAAGGCAGACAAAUAACAUUUACCAAAAAUAAUAGUGGGAAAUAAAUCAGAUAAACAAAAUGAUCCUUAGAAAUUCUAAAUAUUUUGGGAGAAGUGUGAACAAGAAAACUUAAGAUAUAUAGAGUGUAGUGCUUUCUUGAAUAACAAAAUUAAAGACAUAUUUGAAGAAGUAGUUAGGAUGACUAUAAGGGAAUAAAUACUAUAAACUAUGAUGAGAUCAAAAAGGAGAUAAGAAACAAUAAAACAUUAAAAAUCUAUAUGUCAAUUACUAUGA